AUCACAGCCGAUCAUCCGCUAUCGGGUGUCUAGGCUGAAAUCCGAGUAACCAUGUAUCCAUUUUUUUCGUUUUUACUAUUAUAAAUUGUACUACUGUGUCUUAAGUUCGUGAGUUAAACCAUGCAUUUAAUAUUGAAUGCAUACUAAAUGCAAUUAAUUUUUUAUAAAAACAAAAUCUUUAAUAAAUUUAAUCUUUAUUAUCUUGCUGUAAAUUUCAGAAAAAUCAGAAAACGGGCUGUAAUACUAUUAAAAAAAAGGUGAUUAUUUUAAAUGUACAUUAUGAUGCGGUGGUCUAGAACAUCUAAACAGAUAAUUUCUGUCUUGAGGACUCAAGCAUCAAAAAUGUCAAAUGUUAAGCCAGCUAUUCCAGAAGAGCCUAAAACGAUUACUAAAAUUAGUAAUACUAAUAGUCCUACUAGCAGUAUUGUGGCAGCUGCAUUUGCAUCAUUGAAAGAAAUUGACACAGCAAAAACAAUUAAAAAAAAUGUCUAUUAUAUUAUCAACAAUAAAAUAGACAACGCUAAUACUAUAGAAGAUCUUCUUGGAUUGGCAGAUUCGUCAACACUUUCUAAAUCACAAGCAUUAAAGGCGGUUUCAAUGUUAGCCGAUUGGGCAACUACAGGUAAAGCCAAAUUGUCAGACUUUGAAGCUGACCCAAGAUUCUUGAAGUUAUGUAGAUUACUAGGAAAAGAAAAUGUUGGUAAAGAAAAUACUUUUAGUGACUUAUCUACCGUUCUUGGUAUUACUGGAGAUGACGAAGCUGCUAAACUAAUUUCUUCAAUUAGUUUACCUCAAAUGAUCAAAGUGCUUUCAACUCUUGCUGUUAAAAAAAAACGCUCGGCAACUUUAAUGCGGUCAUUAGCAUUCAAUAUUGGUAGAUGCUCAGAAAAACUUGAUAUCAAACAAUGUGCCGAUAUAUUGUACGCUUUAGCUGUGUUAAAUUUUCCUGAUGAAGUACUAAUGGAAAAAGUUAGUGCUGAUUUAUGUAGUACCAUAUCUACAAAUGAUCGUCCUUCAGUAAUUGGAUCCAUUAUUACCAGCAUGGGCAUUUUACGACUAAGGGAUACAGACUUACUAGAAUCUAUAUCCUCUUGGUUGGAAAAUCAUGAAUGCAAACAACAUAUAUUAGAGUCAUUUUUGAUAACGUUGGCCUAUGUGAACUAUAAAACAGUUAAUGUGGACAAUAUAUUUAAGGUGUUUGAAAAUAACAAAAUUGAUGGCGUCAGUAAUAUAAAUACAUGGCUGGAUGUGGUAUGGAGUUUGAUUGUAUUGAAAAGAGAAAGCGACGAUCAUUUAAAAUCUGUUUUAUCUCCUGGUUUUACAAAAAGUGUGCUAAAUCUAAAAGAUAUUGGAAUCAUUCCUAUAAAACUACUGAAUGUUAAUGGAUAUGCGACAACCAAAACACAAUAUAAAGGACCAUUGUUGGAUUUGAAUUCAGAUUAUUGUCAAGUCAAAUUAAUGAGAUCCAAAGAUAAGCAAGCUUUAAUGGUCUCAAUGAUGGAUGCAUUAUCAACUAUGUUACCAUCAAUUAAUUAUGUAAAAACCGAUGUAAAUACAAAUUUUGGUUUCAUUAUUGAUGCAGAAUGUUCAAUAGAUUCAAAGUUGAAUCCCAUACCUCUUGAUAGCACUACAAGUAGUAAAGCUGGCAUACAUAAAAUAGCUUUUAUGUUGACUGGAUUCCACGAUACGUGUCGUGGAUGUCAUAAUGAACCUAAUGGGAUAUCGGUUCUUAACACACAAUUAGCUAAAUCACUUGGUUACAAAGUAUUAUCGAUUCCCUACACAGAGUUUGGACUUCGUGAUACAUUAGUCAAUAGGGUCAAAUAUCUUAAAGAGAAUAUAAAAUUGUUAAUUAAUGAACCUUAGUGUUAAUAGUUUAAAGUUUUGCACUUUGUAUGUUUUUAUUGUGUUUUGUCUUGAAUAAACCAAUAUUCAAAUUUA